CCGGCGUUGCAGCACACAGGCGUGUUAUUGUGGUCUCUGUUUGCGCUUGCAGCCAUGUGCUGAGAAGCUGCUUGAACUUCCUCGUCCUGCAGACGGAGGAUGGAGGAGGCGUGACGUCGCUGUCCGCAGACAGGCCCAUACAGCAAGGGGGAGCGAGGCGGGGACGGACGCUGCAUGCUGCCGCAGAGCACACGGAGCAGCGGCCGAGGCUCAAAACAAACUAACCCUAACCGGAGGGGGGAACGGUGAAGGCGGCCAUAACAACAAUAGUAACAAUGCGGCACCGCCCGCGGACCCCGGCGCUGAUGUGACCGCGUGCCAGUUCGGAGCAGCUGGGAGGAAGCGGCGGACGGACGCCACCACCUCCUCUACUACCGCGGUGCGCGCGCUCGGUCUCUGUCUGGAAAGGUGGGGGACAUGUCCUCACUAACCGUAGACAAGGACCAGAGGUGGGUACCGACGCACGUCCAGGUGACGGUGCUCAAAGGCAGGGGCUUGCGGGGCAAGGGCAAACACGGCACCAGCGAUGUGUACACCAUCAUCCAGCUGGGGAAGGAGAAGUACUCCACCGGCGUGGCGGAGAAGACCACCGAGCCCGAGUGGAGGGAGGAGUGCUCGUUCGAGCUGCAGCCCGGCGUGCUGGAGAACGCCGAGCGGAGCGGAUACCCGGCCGGGAGCAACGAGCUAGUCCUGACCGUGAUGCACCGGGCGCUGAUAGGACUGGACGUGUUCCUCGGUCAGGCUGUGAUUCAGCUGGAUAAACUAUUUCACGAGAGUAGAUACGUCAAAAACGAGUGGUAUAGACUCAACUCCAAGACAGGGAAGAAGGAGAAGGAGAGGGGGGACAUUCAGGUCACCAUCUUGUUCACCCGAAACAACCUGACGGCCAGCAUGUACGACCUGGUCAUGAAGGACAAGGGCGCCUCCACCUUCAGCAAACUCAAGGAGCGCAUGAAGGGCAAGAGGAGGUCCAGCGACGAGGAGUCGUCCUCCGCCGUGGUGCCGGGCGGGUACAGCUCCCUGUACCGCAUGCGCCAGAGACUGCCGAGUGACGGAGGUGGGGAGGAAGACUAUGAGGACGACGAGGGCGGAGAGGUCCGGCGGAGCAAGAUGAGGACCUUCUUCCUGCGGGGGAAGCUGCGGAAGUCGUCUGACACUCGCUCCAGCACUUCCCUGGGCUCUGAGAGCAGCGAGUCGUCGUCGCGCGGCGGCAGCCUGAGUCCAACAGCCGGCAUCAGCGUGGUGGUGUCUGACCUGUCCAACUCCCCCAGCAACAGCAGCAACUUCACCGCAGACAACAGUCCAGAACACACAGCAAACACUUCGCCCAAGUCGUCCUCUCUCAGAUGCGAGUUUGGCGACGAGGCCGGCGAAAUCACCAUCGCAGUGCCUCCCCCGAUCGUUUGUGUAAACGGAAGCCAUGUGUCCAAAGUCCAGGCCCAGGAUCGAGGCUCAGGAAAACCAUCAGGUUCUUUAGGGCCGGGACUGCUGUUGCAGCGGUCCGUGGCCCACUCCGUUUCCCUGCAGAACCUCAGCACGCGGCCCACCGCCGACCUGCCCAAGGGCCCCGCGGGGGACGGCCGGCGUUGGUCCUUCGACAGGGCCGGCGAGGAGGAGAGGGCGGCCAUCGUGGCGGCCCUGGGGCAAAGCGGGGCCGGAGAGGAGGAGCGGCCGGCACCGGCAACACUGCCAGACGCCUCCCAGGCGGAGCUGGAGAGUCAGGUGAAAAAGCAGAGGAGGAACUUGUUCUCACAUGGGCGGAGUGAGUCUGCGGGGAAGGGUCAGAGCCAGUCCAAGGGCGAGUCUGAGCAAAGCGCUGCCGCCACCGAGGAGARACACAGAGCGUGGUUCGGAUCCAAGGACUCACACAACAAACCCAGCCUGGUGGUCUCCACUAAGUUAGAGCCAAGCACUGACCCCCACCCACCACCUCUUCCACUUAGUCACCACCCCCCGGGUGUCCCCGUUGAUCCUACCUCUUUGGUUUCCGCACUGCACCACACUAACCCCUUUUCCCGUUCACAGACCGCACCGCCUCACAUAUCCCAGUGCAACCCUUUCUAUUCCCGCUUACAGCACAACCCCUUCUUUACAGAUAUGUUAACUAACCAGACACUGAAGUCACCGUUGCCUCCUUUGCCUUAUCUUUCCAGCUCCCGGCCCCCCAUAACAAACCUCUUUCCACAGUCAAGUAAUCCUGACUUGAUGCAAGAUGUCCCGACAGUAGAGGACACGGCUGAUGCCAAAGACCAACCUGUUGAGAGACCUCUCCCUCCAGUUACCUUAGCAAAUAAAGAACCUUUAAUCAAGAAGUUGUCAAACCCCUUUCUGUCUGCUGAGGAGCGUAACGUGGACUCGGAGUGGGACGAGUCAUUUGCAGCGUUUGCAGCUGGCAGACUGCAGUCUCCCGAAGAGCUCACCAUGCAAAGCAGAACACAACAAAACACAGUCGAUGACCAUCCACUGGAACAUGGCCGCAGUAAAGGUGAUUUACAAACAGUCCCGGAUGCAAACGAGCAAACGAGUGUUAAUGACGUUCUCUAUGAUCAGCCUGGGGGCAGAUUUUUAUCCAGUGAACUUUCAGUUCCUAUCCAGAUGAGGAACAACAACGCACUUCACUUCGACGCCUUUCCGCAAUUCCUUGAAACGAUCCCAGAGCAUAGAAGCUUUGACAGCGAUGACUCGACGUUAAACACUCCUACUAACUCCCCUGAACCGACUGACUUUAUUGUGACCGAACGGGACAGCAACACUACUAAUGAUUUUACGCACACUAAUAUCAAUACUGCUCCCUUUCACACCUCAUCUGCACAACUCAACAACAACAGCAGCAGCUCUCCAGACCCCAGCUCGUCGGGCCUCGGCAGUUCGACUGAAGAAGACGGGCUCUCCUGUUUUUCAUCUCAAUCUGAGAAAUUCUCUGUGUCGUCCUCCGAGGAAGCGGAAAGCACCGUCCUUCGCUUCAAGAAUUCCUCCGACUCGACUGCUGUAAAAACCAUAAAGACCUCAGAGUCUGGAGACGGCACCGCUGACAAGUCCGUUGAUCAGUUUUUAAUUGAUGAUUCACAUAAAACUGUCAAUCAGCCACAGGAUAGUCAUGUUGAAAUGGCUGGUUGGAACUUUUUAGAGGACUUGUUUCAGCCUCUUUCUCUAACGACGUCGGAAAAGGAAACAGAAAGUGAACCUGGAGGUAGUCAAACACCUAAAACUCCUGAUCUGAACCCUGAUCUGUUGCAGUCACUACAGCCGAUGUCUGUUGUGUCUCACCAAUCAAGCAAAGAUCAUGAAGAAGAAAGCAAAGAUUGCGCUGUCGAUCCUUCGGAGGAUUUCAACACUCGUUCUAAGAACAGUGCCACAGAAGAAUUGAUGCCUGCUACUUCAGACGAUGAAUUCUCUUCCACACUACCACCGGUACCUGUCAUAACCUCUUCCCCCGAGGUCGAGCAGGAUUUGUUGGAUGUGACCAAUGGCAAUACUGGUUCAGAGGAGCAGAAAGUUCGCCCUUAUUCUCAUGUGGAAUUUGGGAUUUUUGAUGAAUACCUCAAUGUCAGUCACCUUGCAAGCAGUCCUGGCCAGGACUUUGACAGCGCUUGGUUGAACAUACAGACUCCUGAACAGAGUAGCAACACUUCACGCCAUAGCCAUUAUUUCAGUGCUGACUCGCAGGACUACCUAACCUGUGAUUCUCACUCAUUUUCCAACGGGUCAGAGCUGAAUGAAACGCUAUUCUCGGCUAACUCAACUCUCCGUGGUGAGAUGAGCGACGUUCAGGCCGCCCCUGAUGAUCUUUUGACAAUGGGUCAUACAAAUCUAUUCCAGUCAUCAAACCUUGAGGUCAACCACAAUGAAAUAUUUGGAGACUUCCUCCAGGGGGAUCAAGGCAUCUUGGUAAACCUGGAGACAAGCUUCACAGGGGGCAAUGGAUUACAGGUUCUGCCUGCUCCACGGUCAGAUAACAGCUCUACUCCAAAGAUCCACAGUGACAUAGGGGAGGGAAAUCAGGACGACAUCUUCUUACAGUCUCCGCAGGGGCAGCAUGCCGCGCUGCAGCGCUCUCUUUCCGAGGGCAUGCUAGCGCCUGCCUUUGACCAACUUCUCCCAUCCUCUUUCGGGAGCGAUCCCUGCGCAAUACAGGAAUCCUCCUUCGCUCAGCUUGACCCUGUCUUCCCUUUCCCUAAUACAUUUGCUCCUUCUCUAAUUCCUGAAAGCAAUAGCUUCCAUGUAGCGUUCUCUGCCCUCUCUCCCCUCGCAACCAUUUCGGCGACAGAGCCAACUGGCUCAGAGCCCGGCGCCACGCCAGAGCCAGACGCGACCGAGUGGCGGCAAGCGGCCGAUCAGCCGAGCAGCCCCCACCCAGUGAAGCCACUGACCACUGCCAUGCUGGCUGAGGAGAAGCGGUCAGUGCUGGCCACUGGCCUGGAGAAGCUCAAGUCCACCAUCCAUCCGGGGAGGAGCAGCCAGAUCGAGCAGGAGGCAGACAGGAAGAAGUCUCUGACGGAAGGAGCGGGCUCAUACUACCACCUGACCCACAGCGAGCUGGUGGCCCUGCUGGUGCAGCGCGAGGCCGAGCUGGAGGGGCAGAGGGCCGAGUUCGAGCGUCAGAAACUGUUGCUGGCCAAGCGGGAGGUGGAGCUGAAGAAGCUGAAGCCUCAGGUCCGAGACCUGGAGGACUACAUCGACACUCUGCUGGUGCAAAUCAUGGAGCAGAAGCCAACGCUGCUACAAGUGCGCCCCAAGUUCAAAUGAAAACAGACGGGGGGGAAAAAAAAGAUCAACAAAUGACUGACCUUCUAGUUCACGUGUUCACUCGAAAACCUCCACAACAGCUCUCUGUUUAGUCACUGCUACGCUGUCCUUUUUGAUACAGAUAUUUAGGCACCCAGAGGUGUCGAGGUGGUGUUUUCUAGCUGGCAUGCUUCCCCCUCAGCCCCGUCCACGUUCUGUUUCCUCGGCGGUGGCAGGUUUGUCUCCAGUGGUUCUGAAUGUAGCGCGUCCUCAGGUUGUCGUCAGGCUCCCAGAGCCUGGUGGAGGGUUCCAAACCCAGGCGCUGCCAGUCUGGCAUCCUGAUCCGAAUCCUCUUUCUUCACCGCGCUUAGCGCCUCAGUUGUCACAAAAUUUUCCUAAAGUGUUUAUUUAUAAAAAAAAAAAUGUUUCUUUUGUCCAGUUAGAAACAAACUUUCAGAUCAGCGCGGGGGCAUUUUCAUGGCUUUCAGACUGAUCUCCUCAUCAUAAGGGCGGAAGAUGUCUGUUUCCUCGUGUGCCUAGAAAGUGCUUGCACAUUUCUUAUGACGUUUUGACGCUUAAAACUGGAAGGUGUUGCGUUUGUCAUGUGGGAGAGAACAGGAGAGAGGAUUUCUGACAUGAGGCAUCAGCAGGUUUUGGGUUUUAUUUUCAUAAAUCGACUGUUUAUCCAACUUUUCUAUAAGAUGGUUGGAAUGCACUUGAAGAGAAUCCCCCCACCCCCUGCCUUCACUGCACUCGCACAGCAGCAAAUUGUAACUGAGGGAUAACGCAGCAUGACGGGAAGUCACAGUCACCCUGCAAGUCGAGGCUUGACCGACAAAUAUGUCAACUACAGGCAAGAAUGGAAGGAAGGGAAGAGAAAUCGGCCAAAUACAGAGCUUUACAGAUGCAUUCAUAAGCCUUGAACUUUUUCUGUUUGUCACGUUGCAAAUGCAAACUUUGUUGUGUUGUAUGAGAGAACAACGCAAAAUACUCAACUGUGAGGAGAGAGGAAAAUGAAACAUGGUUUAUGUUUUAAUAAGCAUAAAAAGUGUGGCAUACAUUUAUUUGUAUUGCAGGAUUGUAGUUUAUUUAGCUUGGCCCUUAUCAGCUUUCUUGUUUUUGGUUCAGAGUUAGCUUAAUGUUGGAAGCACUAGAUUUUAUUUACAGGUAACUGAGUUCCGAGGGGCUGAAGUAAAUGUGUGCCACACAUUGUAGAUUUUUAAAAAUUUGGGAUACAAUUUUAAGAACCAUGCAUCAUUUUCCUUUCCACUCCUCGUCGAGGAUGCCUUCCUGUCUGUUAAAUCCCAGAGAAAUGCAGCGAAGUUUGGUGUUGAAAUGUGACAAAAAUAUGAUAGUUCUGUAUGUCUGAGUGUAUUUUCUGAAUUCAUGCUAAGUAAGUUCAUCAGCGUAAGAAAAAUUGCUUCUUUUGUUUGACUCCCUCAUUUUUUUCCAGAUGCUGCGAAAUUUUGCCUGUUAGCAGCAAAUGCUAAUACUCGUUUUUCUUCUUCUUUGAAACGUGCAAACCAAAUGAGACAGGGUUAGCAUUUGACCCUUUCACAUCACUGAGAACGGACCUGAAUGUUCAAGUGUUCUUAAUAAAGCCAACAGGUGAAUAUAGGUUUCAUGUUUCGAACACAGGAUAAGUGCUGUUUGUUUUUAGCUAGCUAGCUCCCGUCCCCUCCAACGCUCAGCGUUAUAAGCUAACCGAUUCAGGUGGCGACAAUAUCAAUAUCUUCCGUCUUGCUUCCUCACAUGCGUGUGUUGCUGACAGAUGAGUUGCCACAAAGGGACCGCAUUUUUCAGCGCGUAUGCGUAUUAAAUUGCCAAACGCUGCCUUACUUUUGUUUUUUGUUUGUUUUCCUUCGAUGUUCAUUAGGCUAGCACUUAAUUGUAUUUUGCGUUCGGGCGGACUCAAAGCCAUCCGUUUGCUGAAAGAAAGCUAUCGAAUCUCUAAUUAUUGCGCUUUGUGAUAUCAUUUAGCUCAAGAAUCAACUGUAUGCAUACAAAUAGAAAAUGAGUAUUAGCAGCGAUUUACUGUGACAUGCCAAAAACGACAACAAAAAAACAUAAGGAAACAAAAUCAUUAACAUACAGCCUUGAAACUUAACUUAUAGAGCAGAUUGAUACACCAUAAAGUAUUCUGAUAUGAUUCCACCUCAAACAGCAUUCGUAGAUGUUCUUGCACUACUUAAUCGUCAGAAGAAUAACUCUGCUGUACCCGUCUUUGUGAUAUCGGUAUAGUUAGAUCGACUUCACGCCGUAUUGCACUUUUUCUAAUCGCUCUGUGGUUAAGCACUAGGCCUUCCUUCCACACCUUGACGAUGAUUCGCCAUCGAGCUCAAAGCAUCAAACAUAAAAAAAAAAAAAAAAAGAAAAGAAAAGAAAAAAAAAUCACGUAUGUCGUCACAUCCGUUCAGCUGGGCGGUCGCAAUACAAAGAGUGCAGAUGACUGUAGAGACAUAGAAGAGGUGAUUCGGCGCUCGCAGAGAGCGGGAAUAGGCAUUCUCUCUUUCAUGUCUUCCAUUUGGCGAGGUUUUUAUUUACCUUUUGAAUCGACUGUGUUUUGUCCUCGAGUGUGAAGCUGGCAGAAUGUGCUCAGUGUAAGACUGGAACGUUUACAAUCCGUGAUGCAAUUCUGUUUCACAAAUUUUGUAUAUUUAAUAAAGAGUAUUUUGUGUUUCCUGCUCA